AUGGAGUCGACCGCAGCAGAAACAAAAGUGCAGAUCCGCCUCAGCACCCGCGACCCUGGCCUUCAGAUUGCCGAGGAGCCGACGGUUUUGCUGGUGCAGACAUCUCUGAGCCGACACCAGCUUUCCACCCUCGUCAACGAUUUGCUGCACCGCGACGCAAACCGCAUUCCCUUCGAUAUCCUGAUCAAUGGCCAGUUCCUGCGCACCUCGAUCGACGAGUUCCUCACCAAGAACGGCAUCAACGCAGAAACAACACUGGACGUAGAGUACACAAGAGCGCUGGUCCCCCCGCUGAACGUCACGAGCUUCGAGCACGACGACUGGGUUUCUGCUGUAGAUGUCCUGUCACGCUCCUCGCCCGCAGGCACAUGGUCGGGUGGAGGCGUGCAGGGUGGACAGGAGAGGAUCCUCAGCGCCAGUUACGACGGCCUGGUGCGAGUCUGGAACACCUCGGGCGACGUGUUGGCGACAUCGGAAGCACCCAACAACGGCGGCAGGAUCACCAGCUUGAAGUCGGCCAAGUGGUUGUCGGACAAGAAGUUUGUCGCUGCAGGUCUGGACAACACCGUGCGCGUCUACAAGUACGACGACAAUGCGCGCACCAUCACCACGAGCCUCGAGCUGUUCAGCCACAACUGGGCCGUCGAGGAUCUUGCCGUCCACGCACCCUCGAGCCGCAUCUUGUCCGCCUCGUCCGACUCCACCCUCUCCCUGUUCUCCAGCAACGCAAGGGAAAACCCAGCCGCGCCCUCCAACCUCCUCCCCAGCUCGACCGCCGCCUCCAAUAAGCGCCAGAAGCUCUCCAAACCCGACCGCACAGUCCCUGCUCGCGGAGCGCUAGCCACUUUCACCGGCCACGCCUCGCCCGUCUCCAGCGUCAUCUUCAAACCCGACGACGCCACAGUCGCCUACUCGGCCUCGCACGACCACACACUCAAGACGUGGGACUUCCCCACGCAGUCCUGCGUCGACACACGCACGACGGGCCACGCGCUCCUCUCUCUCUGCGCAGUCCCCGCCCGCAACCUCCUCGCAACCGGAACUGCAGCGCGCCACAUCACCCUCAUUGACCCGCGCGUGUCCGCCACACAAGUCAGCGUCAUGACACUGCGCGGCCACAAGAACGGCAUCGUGUCGCUCGACACAGAUCCCAACUCAGAGUACAAUCUUGUUUCCGGCUCCCACGACGGCACCUGCCAGAUCUGGGAUUUGAGGAACGUUACCACUGGCGGCCAGGUUGGCGAGGGCAUGACGGGCGAGAGUGUCUACACAAUCAACCGGCAGGGACAGAGCGGGCCGGCGAAGAGCCACGGCGAGGGCGUCAAGGUAUUUAGCGUCAGGUGGGACAAGGAGGUUGGCAUUGUGAGCGCGGGCGAGGACAAGAAGGUGCAGAUCAACCGCGCCCUGGAUCUGUAG